AUGGUAUCCACCAACGAUCAAAAUCCUCAGACCAGGAUACCUGCUAUGAUCCACCCAGCCUCUGGUAACAUAUACAAUGAGCCCCAGCAGAACGCAAUUCGGUCGCAGCCACCUUGGUCCUUUGCCCAAGUGACUUCUUCACCCUCAUAUUUCCCUUCACCAGCACCUUCUCUUUUUUCAUCCCCCUCACCUCCUUUUUCAGUCUCUUCCGUCCAGGCGUCUACUGCUCUGAUUUCCUCACCUGCCUCCCCCUUCUCUUCCGGAUACCAGACCGGUCGUUAUAUAAGGAGAUUGGCGGCAGAGGCAACUAAAACUUCCAAUUUCGACUCUUCUUUUUCUUUCUCGUCGUCGUCUUCUUCUUCUUCAUCCUUCGUCCAUCCAUCUUCGUCCUUAAUCUACUCGGGUACUAAUCCUCCUAUUCCUCGUUGCUCUGAUCCCGUCAUCACCCCUGGCUUCAGUCUGGCCGACUCCAUUCAUUGCAACACUCCGAAUGCUAUAAGUGGCUGCGUUAAAGUGAUCACCAGUCAACCUAACAACAAGCAUUAUUCCGAUCAAUUUGGGCAAGGAGUUAAUAGCGCAGCUAAUAAUACUUCCGAAUAUGAUGAUAUUCACCAGCGGCGCUACAAUUCGAUGCCAAAGUCGGGCCGAUCUGCUGCUUGCCCUCUGACUAUGGAAGUCGAAAAUUCCGGUUCUUCUAAGAUAUCCUAUUUUUCAGAGCACCUCAAACCCUCUUUGUCUACUCGCCUGAACUCUCAGCAAGGUUUGGAAACGGACCCCUGCGUAGGAAUCGGGUCGAUUAACAGCUCUGGCCUCUUUGUUUCGCCCUCUGCAAAAGCUGUCCAUUCUACAAGUCCAUUCUCAGCAUGUGUGGCGCUCGAGAAUUCCUUUCAUGCGGAUCGAGGCCAUGCCACUUCAUUAACACGAAGCCUAGAUUUUCUGCCAGUAUCAGGUUAG